AUGCAGAAUUUGCUUUUGCUGGAUUCUUCUCCAACUGGUAAACCAACAAGAAUAAUUAAUAUUGUUAUAACGGAAAUAGAUAACAAUCUUCUGUUUAAUGAGAUAUUACCUGAAAAUAACGGCAAUUUAAUUGUUUUUGACAUUCUAAAGGACAAAAAGAGGAUGAAAGGAUUAUUAAAAGUGACAAGACAUAAUACACGUAGUGUAAAAAGUAAUGACAAAAAUACAGAACUUAUUCCACAGGUGGAAAAAGUAAUGACAGAAGUGACAGAACUUAGUGCACAUACUGUAAAAAGUGAUGAAUAUCAGACUAAUUCUAACAGGGAUCCAAGACUUAAUACACAUACUGUAAAAAGUAAUGACAAAAUGGACAAAACUUAUGGCCUGAGUGCAAAAAGUAAUGAAAAAGUGGCAAGACAUAAUACACAUAGUGUAAAAAGUAAUAGUGAAUUUUAUCUGGAGCAAACUGAAUCAACAGAUGAAACUGUCAUAAUAUUUAAUAAUACGUUGUAUAAGAUAGCCAGCAGACGAACUAAUAAAGAAUAUUAUCAUGCGUAUUUUAAUAAAAAUAAGAUGCAGAUAGAAUAUAUUACACAUAGUGUAAAAAGUAAUGGAAAUAUGGCAGAACUUAAUACACAUAGUGUAAAAAGUCAUGAAAAAAUGACAAGACUUAUGCUACAUAGUGUAAUAAAUAAUGAAUAUACGACUAAUUGCAACGAAAAGACAAGACUUAAUAUACAUAGUGUAAUAAGUAAUGAUGAAAUGACAGAAUAUAUUACACAUAAUGCAAAAAAUCUUGACGGAAAUGACAAGACUUAUGGCCUGAGUGGAUUAAGUCCUGACAAAAAUGAAGAAGGAAAAAGUAAUAACAAAAAUGCAGAAUUUAUUACACAUAGUGUAAAAAAUAAUGAAUACGUUGUGUACCCGCCUAUUUCUGAUGUAAUUUUACGUGAAAUUACAGAUAUAGUGCUCUCUUAUGAUGUGCAUAAUUAUACUUCUAUUUCCACCUCUAUCAUAAGCAAUAACAAAAGUAUUCAGUAUAUUCUUUGCAUUUCCUCCUAUAAAUUACUAUAUAAUAUUAAAAUAAAAAUUAAAAUAAUAUAUAUACUCAGUGUAAUAAAUACUGAAAAUAUACUGGAGAUAAUAAAUAUUUAUAAUAAAAUUAUAAAUAAAAUAGGAAAAAGUAAUGCACAGAGUGGAUUAAUUCUUGCACAGAAUGGAAAAAGUAAUGACAAAAAUGAAAUAAGUGUAAUAAGUAAUGACAAAAGUGCAGAAUAUAUUACACAUGGUGUAAAAAGUAAUGCACAAAGUGGAAAAAGUAGUGACAAUUUAAAUUAUCUGUUAAAUGACAUGCAUUAUGGGGUUAUACCACUAAAUAAUUGCAGAUUCUAUUACGACAUCAUUUACCACACACUAUUAGAGCACAGAUUACUCUUUAUAUCAAAGAAUGACACAGUUUUGGCAAAUUUCAUUCAAACAAUCAUAAUGUCAAUUCAGCCCUUUAAAUGGAAAGGCAUAUUACUAUCAAAUGCAACAGGAUCCUACAGAAAAUUGAAAGAGACAACCAUUCCGUAUAUCUUGGGAAUGACUAAAUUUGACCCAAAAAAUAUUCCGCAUAAGACUGUAAUAAUAUUCAUAGACGAAAAUAAAAUAAUUAUUUCAGAAAAUCAACGGCCAGAAAUCACCAAAUUCAUAAGCAAGCUGUAUAAUACACCAAGAAAUAGGAAAUGUAUGCCUUUUUACAACGAAAUAAUCAGGAAAUUCUCUGGGAAAUGGCCAAAAUUGAAGGAAGAGUUGAAUAUUUACAUGGAAAUCUUGAUGGCAUCAAUUUUAAAUGCACGGGACAAGGUUAUUAAGGCAUUAAUUAAGUCUCACAAUCAAAGAACCCUGAAAGACGUUAUAAAUAACGACAAAUUUCACUUGGAAAUUUUGAAAGAAUUUCAAGAGUGCCAGGAAUUCUAUAGGGAAUUCAUGGAGACAUCUUUGUAUCAAGAAGGAAUCCAUGAUGCACGUAUAAAAAAAGUUUUGUGCCUUGGGGUAUCACAAAGAGAUCUUCUUGUGAUUUUAUGGAUUUUCAUGAGUACGUGCAGAGAGUGCAUAAAGCCCACUAGAAAUUUAACGAAGAUUAAAUUUGUCAUAGAAUCUUAUCUUAGUCAAUUUCUAGUGAGCUCUUACACGGCGGCAGACACCUUGUUAGUGGGCUUAUUUGGGAUACUGUCAUAUUUUGACUUAUUCGGGGUGAUCUUUGUGGUUUCUGAUGUCCUGCUGGGGAGAGGGAUUGAAAUAUCCGAGGAAAUGUGCAGUGCCUUCAUGCCUGCAAUAGAAUCCAAGGAUUUAUUAAUUUUACAGGAAAAAGAUUCUUUGAAAAAAAAGUGUAUCACAGAGAUUAGAUUGGAAAAAUCAUGCGAUAUGGAUUAUUUUCAAAUUUGGGAGGAAAUCUCAUUCACGCACGAAAAUAUUCUGAGUACAAUCAAUAGGUUUAUAUGUGCAAGUGAGUGGACAGAAGAAGAUGCAUCCAUAAUGCAGAAGGUAAUAAGUGGGUUUGACAUGUACGAAUUGCCAUAUUAG